CUGAUCGAUAAAUUCUGCGGGCACACUGAUUCUAAUCCAAAUGAACUCUUACGCCACACACGCAUGAUGCCGCAUGAUGAGGAUGGAGCCAUCGCCCACAAGGGACACUUCUAUGGCGUCUACUUGCUGUGCAGCCAGAGCCUCGAUUCGCGCUAUCGUGGCAAGUGCUAUGUGGGCUUCACCGUCAACCCCAAGCGACGGAUCAGGCAGCACAAUCGCGGCUGCGAUUUCGGUGGUGCCAAGAAGACCAGCAAGAAGGGGCCCUGGCAGAUGGUCAUGAUUGUCCAUGGCUUCCCCAACAAUAUUGUGGCCCUGCAGUUCGAGUGGGCGUGGCAGCAGCCCACGCUGUCCACCCGCCUGAAGCUCUUCCCCGACCUGAAGCGCAAGAAGCCCAAGGAGACGCACUUCGAUUACAACUUUAGGAUCCUCAAUCGCAUGCUGGGCGUGGGACCGUGGCAUCGUCUGGCACUCACCAUCCGCUGGCUGGAAGCUGACUAUGAGCGAGCGUUUGAGCUCCCGAUACCCUGCCACAUGGAGAUUGUCAGCGGAAAGGUGUCCAUCACCGCCUCGCAGCGCAAACUUGAGGAGGCAUCCGCUGCCCCGCCUGUGGCCUGGGCUCCCGAGUGUCACCUAUGCAUGCAGCGCAUCGAUCAGCCGGAACGUUCCCGCUUGGGCUGCACCAAUCCCACUUGCCGCCUGACCUGCCACAUGCUGUGCCUCGCCAGCUAUCUGCUGGGCGAUGAGCCCGGUCAAUACAUUCCCAUUGCCGGCGAUUGUCCGCUGUGCGAGACCCGCCUCAGUUGGUCCGCCCUGCUGCAGCGGAAGCGUCUCCUGCUGGGCGUACCCGAGGAGUUGCAGGACAACGAAGAGGAGGAUCUGAGCGAUGAUGGGCCCGAUGUGGACAGCGAUGUGGAAGUCCAAGAAUUGAGUGAUUAAUGUGUUAAAUUUAUAAAUUAUUAAAGCCGCAGUUGGAAUUCGAUGGUCGUUUU